AUGGCUCCGGGAUCCAGCCAGAAGGGAACAAGCAAGAAAAACGCCGCGAUGCAAAAACAAAGCCGAAAUUCGACCCCCGCGCCGACCGCGACAUCGUCACUGCCGCCGUCGGAGUUUUACGACCCCGACUACCUCAACACCCGUGUUAUCCUGUUCGCAAACCUCAGCUACGAUGAUCUAGUCGACCAUGGAGCCUCCAAUGCCACCGUCCCCGACUCCAAGACGGUGGAUGGCAUGCUCGAGAAGCUCAAGAGCCUGACGAACAUCAUGGAGAAGCGCUCCACUUUUUACGAUCGCGGCAUGCGACAUCUAGCAGACGAGCGUAAGAACCGCCCGGAUGACUUUGAUCGAAUGCAUGCCGAUGGAGAGAAUGAAGGCAAGAAGUCGAAACAGAAGCGCAAGAAGGGCGACGGUCAUGACGGUGAUCAGUCCUCCCCGGUCCGAGACUCGAAGCAAAGACAUACCCGAGGCGGUUCCGGCAGCUCCUCUCUGUCUCCAAAUGCCGCUGGUUCCCCGUCUGCCAUGGACGUGGACAAAAAGGCCAAGAAGGAGAAGAAGGAGAAAGAUGGGGAAGGGGGAGAGGAAGACGAAUCCAGCUCCGAGGAUGAGGGCGCACCUCCAAAGCGAGAAAUGCCCGCCGCGCAGACCUUUGGUGAGGACCCUAGCACAUUUCCUGACCCGACAGUAUACGAAAUUCGUGACGUCUACCCUGGCAUGCCAGAGAAGUUACGAAAGGAAAUUUACUCGGUUGCCGUCUACCCACCAAGCGACCUUGCAGAUUUGAUCGCAGGUGAUCCUCCCGACAAGGAUUUUAGCAACGCAAAGCCCAGCAGUCAAAUCAACUUUACAACAUUCAACACAUAUAUCGAGCCAUUCUUUAGACCCUUUUCCGAGGAAGAUCUUGCCUUCUUGCGAGAGCGCGGGGACCGAGCCUCACCAUUCGUUAUGCCGAAACGAGGCAAGCGACACUAUACUGAGAUUUGGUCUGACGAGGACGGGUCCAUGUCUGUGGAUUCACCUCAGCAAGGACGAGAUAAACUCUCGCCUAAUGUCUCGCGCGGCACCAUUGAGAACAUGAAUGACGCUGUAGCUGAGACUGAUGGGCUCUCUAUUGGCCCUCUUGCGUCACGGUUGUUACAGGCUCUGCGUCCUGAAAAUCGCCAGCAGGCAACGGAAGAAAAAAUCGGUGCUAACGGGGUCAACGGCGACGUGAGCAUGAACGGCGAUGGUGACGACCAUGGACCUGUGAGCGACGACAAGUCCCUAGCUCCAGCUACAUACAUGGCGGAAUCUUCUACAGACGCGUGGAAAAAGGCAGUGCAUCCAAAGCUGGAAUAUACGCAAGUUGAAGAACGUCUCAAGCAAGAACUGAGACACAUUGGGUUUCUCCCUCCGGAGGGAGAUGCCGACUAUGAUGGGCACUUUGACGACGAGGUCGCGGCCCGACUGCGAGUGCUGCAAACGCGCCUCAAGGAGCAGAUGCUCAUCAACGGUGCUCGCAAAGCGCGGCUGACGGACCUCGUGCGCGAGCGCAUGGCGCACCAGGAAUACCAGACGAUUCUAGAGGAUCUAGACUCUCAAGUACAGGCCGCCUACCUGAAGCGAACUCGCACUAUGGGCAAGAGCAAGAAGGCAAAGCGGCCUGGUGGUGCAGGCGGUGGCAGUCACGCAGCCGGGGGUGCCGCGGGCAUGGCGCGCCCGGGGAUUGGCGACCUGACCAAGACGCUGAUGGAGCGCCGACGACGCUGGAUAGACACGAUCGGGUCCGUGUUUGAAGACGAGAGCGUGCGGAAAGUUCCGCGCGUGGAAGACGAAGGCAGCUCCAUAUUCAAGUCGUCUAUGAUGGCAGACCUCAUAAAGAAGGAGAAGGAGCAGUGGGAUGAAGAUAUAGAGGAGGAAUAA